ACUUCGAACAUGACAUUUCGGACUCUACAAAGUGACAAAAUCCAGACCAGUUUGCAACAAUCCCAAAACGACCAAUAAAUGUCUGCGCUGCGAAUAGACGAGUACCCAGGAUUUGCAAAGGAAGCCCUCUUGCUGCACAACGAGCUGCGGCAGAAGCACGGCGUGUCGGACCUCAUUUUAAACAAAGAGCUGUGCGGGAUGGCGCAAGAGUGGGCCGACCAGUGUGCCAAGAAAAAGAGCAUUGCGCAGCGGGGAGACCCAGAAUACGGCGAAAACGUUUUCUGUAGUGGCAAGAAGAAUGCUAGCGUUCAGGACGCUGUGACGGCUUGGUACGCGGAAGGGGAGAAAUUUCCCUACGGCACGGAGAACGUGAAGAAGAAGAAGUACCAGUUUACGCAGUUGGUGUGGAAGGAUACUACGGAUUUGGGUGUGGGGAUGGCCACUAGUGUUAACGGCAAAGUUUUCGUUAUUGCCAAUUACUAUCCGAAGGGGAACAUGCCGGGGACGUUUUCUGCGAACGUGGUCCAGGUGGUUGCCAAUUAGGGUGGUUGGGGCGGAUGAUGGUAGAAGGGGCAAUGGAACAUCUUUGAAAAUGGACUCUAUAAUUUGCUACUACAGUAUUGACUCAAAUGUGAACGUAUUCAGUAAAGGUUUUUCACUCUGUAAUGUUAAAUAAUGAAUUUGGAAAUUAUUUAAAUGGUGGAAUCUAUCGAAUUUUUUAGUAACUCAACUCUU